AUGGACGCGUGCCAUAGAGGACCCGUUGAGUGUCGGGACAUGCAAGGAGGGGAAGCGUUGAAUCAAUCCUGUCAAUAUUUUAUGUCAGUUGCUUAAAUACUUGGAAGUUACGAAUGGGCUCCAAUUAAGCGACUGCUUUGUAACCAAAAAUGUGGCUACAAAUUUUGCUACAUGUUAUAUUACAAAGAUAAGAUAAAGCUAGUUUGGCGCUAGGUAACAGGAAUGACCAAUCUGAAGCAAGCGGUAGCUUUCAAGUACCAAUCACAGACUUCGUUACUGUGGCUCUGGCCAAUCAGAAUCUUUGUUGUUAGAGUGUAUUUAGUCUUUCCGCGCCUUUCCUGUGACUGGGACAAGAAGUCAAAAAACUUAGCCUGUCUCAUGGGGAUCCCUGAUGCUGCAUCAAACAUGUCAAGUGACGACUCUGACAGCUUUGAUGACUUGUCAGAUCUAGAUGAAGACUAUGUGGUCCCAGCGAAAACCACAAAGCGGAAGAAACAAGCGCCGGCAAACUCAGUUCCCAAGCCACCCAAGAGGCAGAGACGUAAAGCUGCAUUGAGAGCGACACCCAACUCGCCGAGCAGCCCCAUCUCCUCUCCACCAGACGCUGCUCAGCAGGAACAGUCCCCCCAAGGGACCCCCAUGCAGACCUCACCCCAGCCUGGGACAAGAGUAGUGAACAGGGGCCAUCGGGCUAUCAGUGCAAAGGAUAUCUUUGAAGCUGUCAGCUCUGGAAAGAGCGCCCUGGUGACGGUGGUCGACGAGUGGCUGGACGCCUACAAGCGAAGUCAUGAGACAGGGAUGCUGGUUCUCAUCAACUUCAUUGUUCAAUCCUGUGGAUGCAAAGGAGUGAUUACCAGAGAGAUGCUCGACUCCAUGCCAAAUGCGGAUAUCAUCGCCACACUGACCAAACAGUUUGAUCUGAAUUCAGUGACAUAUCCUCUGUCCAAGCCGGGCCCCUCGCUGAAGCGAUUCAAAGCAGGCCUGUGUGAGUUUGCCCGGGUCCUAGUGCGCUCCUGUCGGGGUAGUCUCAUUUACGACGGGUACCUCUUCCCCUUUGUGCUGUCUCUACUCACCGGGCUCACAGACUCCCAAGUCAGAGCCUUCAGACACACCAGCACCCUACUGGCCAUGAAGCUAAUAACUGGGCUGGUGGAAGUAGCUGUAAUGGUGUCCUUCCAGCUGCACACCAUCCAGCGGCGCUACAACCUGGAGAAGGGUAAGGAGGUACACGAACAAGACUCUGAGCGACUGGAAGAACUCCAGGCCACCAUCAGUCAGCUGCAGGAGAACAAAGAGGAGUUGUCAUCCAUGAUAAACACCACCUUUCGUGGCAUUUUUGUGCACCGCUACCGCGACCAACUGAUGGAGAUCCGGGCAGCGUGCAUGGAGGAGCUUGGAGUAUGGCUCAGGACCCACCCCGAGUACUUCCUCACCGACGGCUAUAUCAAAUACUUGGGCUGGAUGUUGAACGACAAGCAAAGUCUGGUGCGUCUGCAGUGUGUGCGAAGCCUGCAGGCUCUGUAUCAGGAGGAGGAGUUCAUUGGCCGCCUGGAGCUUUUCACCAGCAGAUUUAAAGAGAGGAUGGUCAGCAUGGUAAUGGACAAGGACCAAGAGGUGGCAGUGGAAAUGGUCAAGCUUUUGGUGCUAAUCCACCAGGGUACGGAGGAAGGCCUGGGGGAGAAGGAGUGCGGUCAUAUCUAUUCCCUGGUUUACGCCUCGAACCGCAGCCUGGCAUCUGCAGCUGGCCUCUUCCUCUAUAAGAAGCUGAAAAGUGUCAUUGACAGCGAGAAUCAGAGGGACAUGAAUGUGGACUUUUUCCAAAUCCUCAUCUCCUUCUACAUUCAGUGUGAGUUCCAUGAGCAUGGGACCUACCUGGUGGACAGCCUGUGGGAUGUAGCCAGUUCUGAGCUAAAAGACUGGGAGGGAAUGACCACACUUUUACAACAAGAAACUGGUUUGAUGGACGAGGAGGAGGGCGCGCUCAUUGAGUUGAUGAUGUGCGUGAUCCGACAAGCAGUGGAAGCCACGCCACCCAUUGGGAGAGCGCUGGCCAAGAAGGGCCUGAAUAUGAAGGAAAAGAAGAUCCAGGAACAAGACAAGAGGCGUGUCACCACCCAUUUCAUCCCCCUGCUGCCGCAAAUGCUGACCAAGUACUCGGCAGAUGCAGGGAAAGUAAAGCUCCUUCUGCAAGUGCCUCUGUACUUUGACCUGGAGAUGUACAGCAGCGUACAAGGGAUGGAGAAGCAUCUGGACCAGCUGCUGUCUCAGAUAUGCGGGAUUGUGGUGAAGCACACGGACGCCGCCGUAUUAGCCGCAUGCGGUCGCCUGUUCAGCACGCUUUGCUCCGACCACUACACCUUCUCCUCCCGUUCUUGCCUGGCAUUUAGUCAGCUGGUGGACAGCCUGACCGAGUGCUUCAGCACCUAUUUGAGCGACUUGCUGCAGGGCACUACCGAUGAUGAUGUUUACAGUGCAGCCAUGGCCUUAAAAAGGAUUGCGGCCUUGAACAGUGCCAAAGACCUAACAGCUUGGAGGUUGUUUGACUCCUUCAUGGACCUUCUUAAAAGCAGGCUGGAGUCUAGAGAGCUGGAUGAGAAACUCAUCUUGUCAGCUUUGAGCUGCUCCGCUUUCCACCUGAUGUGGGCCAAAGUGAACGCGCACAACUCUGCACUCAGCGAGGAGAAGGUGAGGCACCUGAAGAAGGAUGUCCUUUCCUUCUGCCACAUCUGCCAGACGUGUUUGUGUCUAGACAAGGCUGAGAUCAGGGAUGAGGCCUUUAAGCUGCUCUGUGAUCUGCUGCUGCUUUACAGCACCAAUUCUGUCCGCUCUGAACCCGCCCUCCAAAGCUUGUACAUCUUGCCCUCCGAUGCAAUGCGUGCUGAGCUGGCAGCUUUUCUUCUGGACUAUGUCUUCUCAUGCUCUGACAAUGUGGUAGUGGAAGACGAGCAAGAGGAGGAGAUUGCCCUUCUUCAGAAGAAUCGCCUCCACCUGGCCGGCUACUGCAAGUUGGUCAUCUACGGUGUGCUGGACCUCACAGCCGCCACUGACAUCUUCAAGCACUACCACAAGUAUUUUAGGGACUUUGGCGACAUCAUCAAAGAAACCAUAAUCAAGACGAAGGCAAUCAGUCCUGUGCUGAGCGCCAAGACUCUCUGCCUUUGUCUACAGCAGCUCUUCUCAGAGAUACUGAUGGAGGACGUCAGCAGGCAGGAUAUUAGCAAGAUCCGAGAUUUAGCAAAGAGGCUCACCCUGACUUUCGGCACUGACCUUCAACGUGCUCGCACACCUCUGGUGGCUCUGCACAAGGACGGCAUAGGUUUUGCCUUCCGUGCUCAACAGGAAGGAGAAGAGCAGUUCCCCAACGUGGCCUUCCUGGAGAUCCUCAGCGAGUUCAGUUUGAAGCUGCCCCAACAGGAGCGGACCCAGUUGACUGCUUUUCUAAAAUCCCAGUGUCCCCCUGCUGCCCUCUUCUGGCAACCAGUCAGAGUGUAUCAGCUCUCCUUGGAGGGCCGUGCCCCUGCCAGACCCAUUUUGGAGAUGGAAGAGAGAAGGGAAGCCGUCACUUCACAAACCACCCCGGUUACUAAGCGCAGGAAGAUCUCCGCUCAAGGGUCUGUGUCUAGCACGGUGAAAAAAUCCUGGUUGGACAGCAGCAGCAUCCGCAGUGGUCUGUCCACUCCGGCCUUCACCUCCACGGCCCAGAAGCAGCUCUCCACACUGCUUGUUGAUCCCAGGGAAGAUGUCAUCUUGGAAUCGGAUGUUGGCAGCGGUUUAUCUGAGACUAAGUCUGAGGAUGAGUUCUCCACACGGUCACAGAUGCGAAAGGUGCGUCCCACCAAGCGACACCACUCCUCCUUCCGGCAGCAGGGUUCCACCUUGACUCCUCAAGAACUGAACAACCAUCUCACCUUGCUAUCGCUGAUAGAGGAUGAUGCCGCAGAACAAGAAAUUGACGAAUACGAAAGCGAGUCUUCAUACAGGCUGCCCUCCACCCGUCACAGCACUAGUGUCAUUGAUGAACUGUUUGACUGAAGGCCUGUCGACUUUUGAUGCAACAUGUCUGAUUUGUGUUUUGCACGUUUGUAAACCUCUGUUUUGCAGCUAUGGAUUUUGUAAUAUGGGUUAGAGAGAUGAAUUAAUUGAACAAAAACAGGGUCUGAAUGUUAUUGUUGUUAUAAAUUACAAGCACAAAAGAGCUGUUUUACUUGAUCCCUGUGCAAGACACUGCUCUCUGUUUCAUGUUAACGAAACCUAUAUUUCUGUUAUGUCUUGUUAAUUUAACAAAAUAAAUUAGUGUUUAAUUGUUGAAA